AUGUGGCAAUCCUUGUGGAAGACAUCUACAAAUGCAGCCAGGAAAUCAUCAAUAGAUGCAUUACUCUCAAUAGAUGUAUUGCUCUCAAUAGAACUAGAGGAAUUUAACGCAUAUCUUUGGAAAAACAAAAACCAGAUAUCUCCGAUGAAUACCAGGCAGGCUCUUAGACUAUGGGUGGUGCGAGCAUAUCAGAUUCCUGAGAGAAGUGAUGCAUCGAAGUUUAGAUCAAAAGAGGUUGUUUUUCAUGAUGAAGAGGGAUCCUUCUUGCAUGCUCAUAUACCCAAAGAGUACGUGGAAAAGUACCUUAGCUCUUUUGCUGAAGGUUCAGUAUAUGCUAUAAAAAAAUUUUGUGUGAUCACCAAUUUUUACUCAUACAAAACCAGCCCCCAGAAGUACAUGAUAAAAUUUAACUAUCAGACUAUGGUUAAGGAUUUAAAGCAUGUGAAAUUUCCUAUGAAAAUGUAUCGGCUGAAGACCUUUAGAGAGAUCAAGUCUAAUGAAGGCCAUGAUGAGAAAAUCUUAUUUGAUGUUAUUGGUCGAGUGAUUGAGAUACACUGCCCACAGGAGAAACUAAUCAAUAGCAAGAACUCCAGGCUGAUUGACUUCACCAUUGAAGAUACUGAUGGAAUACAACUAAUGUGUACUUUGUGGGAUGAACACGUAAGCAAAAUUGAGGCAUUCUACAAUUCUACUUCACAAGAGCCUUUAUUGGUGUUGAUACAGUUUUGUAGGGCUAGGGUGUGUCUAAAAAGUGGUGAUGUCAAGAUUUGUAGCUCCUAUGAUGUAACACAGCUGCUUUUCAACCAAGAAUCUCAUCCAUUUGAGGAGUUCAGGAAAAGUAUUAGCCAUGAACAGACUCCAAUGCGCAGUAUAAUUUCUCAGUCAAGUUUUAAGGAAUGUAGCUCCUAUUCAGUUUCCCUAUCUGCUGAUAUGGAAGUUCGUACUAUCAAUGACAUCCACAGAGACAAGCAGUUUGGCGAUUUUUGGGUGGCAGCAAGGAUUGUAUUCAUUGAUGAUCCAGAGUGGUACUAUGCUUCGUGUAGAACAAAGGGUUGCAACAAAAAACUGAAGCUCAAAGGAAAGUGGUUAUGGUGUAGUACAUGUGACAGAAAUUUGGGUGACGGGACACUCAGGGAGUGCCUCGAUCUACUUGGAAUUAGCGCGGAUGAUCUGAAGGAUACCCAUACUAAGGGUAGGAAGGGGCUACCUAAGGAGCUCGAGACUCUAAUUGGACUGAAUCUCCUAUUUCGAAUUACCGUUCGCAAAGAACAGUUCCAGAAUUAUCUCAAUGCUUUCCCUGUUAUGAGGAUCAUCACUAAUGAAAAGAUUGUAGCAAAGCAUGCACCAGAACUAAUAGGAGUAAGGGACAGGGAUCUCAGUUCAAAGUUGGAGUUGGAGCUUACAAAUGAGGACCUAUGGGAUCUAGAGGAAGCAAACCAAGCAAAUGAAGCUGAAAGUCCACUCCAAGUUGUUGCACAGAGACUCAACGCAGAGAAUAGUAUUGAGAAUGGAACAAAUAUUUUUUUCAGGCAGUGGUGCCACAAUGAUGUCAAAAGAAUGCAGAUGUAUGAUAAAAUAUGUCAAGAGAUGGCUGACAUGACAGAACAAAAUGAAGAAGAUGGCAGAGAUAUCACUAAAAAUGGAAAGUGA